CGGCUUCUGCGUGUUACUCAUAAACUCUUGCAUUCCUCCCCUUCCUAUAUCUUCUGUCUCUCGUUCUCUUUACCUAUGGAAUAAAUUGUAUCUUCACUUAUUAUACCUACUACACCUACCUAAUAGCAAACAUAACGGAAUGGCCCCAUUUCUGAAUACGCCCAUGGACACAAGAAAUACCUACACCGAUAGACGAUAACCUCUUCGUGAAAAUGGCUACUUGCAGUCUCAAGUCGCUGCGGCGACCAUCACUCACCCUCAUAUCUGGAGCGAGGAAGACGUCUUUUCGUUUCAAUGGCCUCAUCUCAAAAGCUGCCACUCGUGGUUUGGCCACCGUCACCGCUCAAACAACACAGCCAGCUGUGAUGAUGGAAGACCAUAAUACUAGACUGAUUAACAUGGGCUACAACUACAACUACAUCGAACAUGUCGAAAACCUCGAACAGUACCGCCUUGGGGGUUUCCAUCCCGUAUCCCUAGGUGAAACCAUCAAUAACCGCUACCUGGUCCUCAACAAGCUCGGCCACGGUGGAUACUCAACUGUAUGGCUCUCAUGGGACAUCUUGAAACAGAAGUAUGCCGCAUUGAAGAUUGUACUAGCAGAUUUCGGUGAAGACUCAACAGAAGUCGAUGUCCUUCAGCGUCUGGAAGCCAAAGCCACGAAGAAACAUCCCGGAAGGUCUCUCAUUAGACAUGUCACCGAUAACUUUCACUUCGAUGGUCCCAAUGGAAGACACACCUGUCUGGUUAACGAUCCGGCGAUGAUGUCGCUGCGUCUUGCGAAGGACGCCUCUUUCACAAGACUCUUUCAGCCACGGACUGCCCGAGCUAUCGCCGCUCAAGUUGUGCAGUCCAUCGCGUACCUCCAUGAAGGCGGUGUAGUACACGGCGACCUCCACCUCGACAACAUCUUGCUCCAGCUUCCGGACCGAAUCAAGCGCUUGUCGCCUGAUCAACUUCACGAGCGACAUAGUCAUCCAACGACAGUCCCUGUGACGAGACUCGACGGACUUCCUCUUGACGAAAAUGCACCGCGAAACGCUGUGCUGCCAAUUUGGCUUGGUCAAAAGAGCGAGGAUGUAGCUCUGGCAGAUGCAAAGAUCUUACUGGGCGAUUUCGGCGAGUCCUAUUUACCGAGUCAAGAAAAGCGUCAAUAUUCCAACGCUCCGAUUCGCUACCGGGCACCUGAAACUCAAUUCCCCGAUGUGUGUCAACCUCUCUCGUUCAGCUCCGAUAUUUGGAGCCUUGGUUGUCUCCUCUGGAACGUCGUCGGACAACGCCCGCUAUUCGACGCCUGGACCCUCUCAGAAGAUGACAUUCUUCAAGACCAAAUUGAUCUUCUUGGUGAAAUCCCAGAAGAGUGGUCUGCCUACGGCGCCAAGCGAUCAGAGUACUGGGUCGAGGACGUCGAAGAAGAGGCGUCGUCACAAGCCACUACUCAGGGCGGUUUCACAUGGGAUGUCCGCUUUGAGCGCUGUGUGCAACAAGGACGAAAGGAGAGCGGCAUGAAGCCCAUGUCAAAGGAUGAGAAGGAGGCUUUUAUUGAUAUGAUGAAAAAGAUAAUUACUUUCCGCCCUGAGGAUAGGAUAACGGCUAAAGACCUGCUGGAGUCACGAUGGAUGAAACAGUGGGCCUUGCCUGAGCUGAAGAAGCUUGCGGCUUCAUGAUUGAUGUUAAAAAUGGGAUUGGCAUUCUGAAUUAGCGAGUUUGGGAAAAAGCGUUUGUUUAUAUGGAUCAUAAAUCAGAUUUACUUAAUACCAAUUGAUGCAUGCUUAUACUUGUCA